CACAUGCAAAAUUUUCACAAGUCUUCUCUUUGGUUCAUUAUUGCUUUACAUAUUUUAUGUAGAAAUAUUUUUGGUCCCUCUCUCCACCACACAGAUUGCUUCUUCCUUUUUUAUCAUUUCCUUUACCCUUCUUCGUGUUUUCUAAAAAAGUUCAGAUUCCAUCAAGAAAACCAAGAUCUGACUUUCCUUUUUAUCAACUUCAGUAAAAAGAAAAAAAGAAAAAGCUUUUUGAAAAUGAGAUUUCAAUCGUUUUUGAAAGAAAUGAAGAAACAGAGAAGGAAGACAGAAAAGAGAAAGAAGAGGAAAGGAGAUGAGCUCUCGAAUCCAGCGAGAAAGAAGAUUCGACUGCCAUCAUCACCUCAAUCUUCGUUGUCUCCUUCAUCACCUCAAUCUUCGGUGUCUCCUUCAUCACUUCCAUCUUCGUUGUCUCCUUUAUCACAUCCGUCCUCUUUGUCUCUUCCAUCAGUUCCAUCUUCUUCGUCUCAUAACUGCGCACACGAUGUUUUUCCAAGCUUUCGCGGGGAAGAUGUCCGCGUAGGCUUUCUAAGUCAUAUUCAAAAAGAGUUCAAAAGAAAAGGAAUCAAACCAUUCAUCGACAAUAACAUCAACAGAGGAGAAUCUAUCGGUCCCGAACUCAAAAGGGCCAUUAGAGGAUCUAAGAUCGCCAUCAUCUUGCUCUCGAAGAACUACGCUUUUUCAAAGUGGUGCCUUGACGAGUUGGUGGAGAUUAUGAAGUGCAAAGAAGAGUUAGGCCAAACCGUGAUCCCUGUUUUCUAUAAAGUAGAUCCUUCUGAUGUAAAGAAGCUGAGGGGAUAUUUUGGCAAGGUUUUCGAAAAAACUUGCGAGGGUAAAAGUAAGCAGGAUACUGACAAAUGGAGACAUGCUUUGGUGAAGGUGGCCACAGUUGCUGGUUACGAUUCAAGCACCUGGAAUAAUGAAGCGGCCAUGAUUGAGGAAAUAGCCACUGAUGUUUCAAACAAGCUGAUUAGUUCUGUUCCAUCAAGUGAUUUCGACAGCUUAGUUGGGAUGCGAGCUCACAUGGAAAGUAUGGAACUGCUCUUACGCUUGGACUCCGAUGAAGUGAGGAUGAUAGGGAUUUGGGGUCCAUCUGGAAUUGGUAAGAGCACCAUCGCAAGAUUUCUAUUUAGCCAACACUCUGGUGACUUCCAACUUAGCGUCUAUAUGGAGAAUAUCAAAAGAGAGUAUCCAAGACCUUGUUUCGAUAGAUACAGCGCACAACUGCAAUUACAGAAUAAGUUCUUGUCUCUAAUACUCAAUCAGAAGGAUAUCACUAUCCAUCAUUUAGGAGUUGCACAAGACCGGCUAAAAGAUAAGAAAGUGUUAGUUGUUCUCGAUGACGUUGACCACUCUGCGCAACUAGAUGCCUUGGCGAAAGAACUUACGUGGUUUGGCAGUGGAAGUCGGAUUAUUGUUACAACGCAAGAUAAAAGAAUUCUGAAUGCACAUCGGAUCGACCACAUUUACGAGGUGGGUUUUCCACAUGAUGAUGAAGCUCUUGAAAUUUUCUGCCUAAAUGCUUUUGGUCAAAAAUCCCCAUAUGAUGGUUUUGAGGGCCUUGCUCGGGAAGUUACAUAUCUUGCUGGUAAACUCCCUUUGGGACUAAGUGUUAUGGGAUCUUAUUUCAAAGGAUUGUCCAAGGAGGAGUGGGAUAAUGAUUUACCAAGGUUAAGAACUAGACUUAAUGGAGACAUAGAAAAUACUUUAAAAUUCAGUUAUGAUGUCUUAUGCGAUGAAGAACAAGCUUUAUUUCUUCAUAUAGCCUGCUUUUUCAACGGUGAACUGAUGGAGAAAGUAGAAGAGCAUCUUGCAGAGAAGUUUUUUGCAGUUAAAAGUCAUCUUCGGGUUUUAGCUGAGAAAUCUCUCUUAUCUGUCAACUCAAAAGGAUAUAUAUGGAUGCAUAAUUUGCUAGCACGUUUGGGUAUGGAAAUUGUUCGUAAACAAUCCCCGAACGAACCUGGGCAGCGUCAAUUUUUGGUUGAUGAUGGAGAUGUACGCCAAGUACUACGUGAUGAUACACUAGGUAUUCGAAGUGUUAUAGGCAUAAAUUCUCUAAAUUAUAAGCCGGGGGACGAGUUGAAGAUAAAUGAAGGAGCCUUUGAAAGAAUGUCCAAUGUCCAGUUCUUAAGACUUCGUAGUUAUAUUCCCGACAGUCUAUACUUACGAGCAAGUAGUUCAUACAUACUAGAAAGUCUGAAUUGCCUACCUCGAGAAGUUAGAGUACUGCACUGGCAAUAUUUUCCGAUGACAUGUCUGCCUUCUAAUUUUAAUCCGGAGUUCCUGGUGGAAAUAAAAAUGAGUCAUAGCAACCUUCAGAAACUGUGGGAAGGAAAUAAAACGAUUAGAAAUCUCAAGUGGGUGGAUUUGUCUUAUUCCAAAAAUCUAGAAGAGCUUCCUAAUCUUUCAACUGCCACAAAUCUCCGAGAAUUAGAUCUUAGUUAUUGUUCAAGUCUUGUGGAGCUUCCUUUUUCUAUUGGGAAUUUGAGUAAUCUCAUGAAUCUGGACCUCAAUGGAUGCUUAAGCCUUGUGGAGCUCCCCUCUUCUAUUGGUAACAUGGCUAAUCUUAACAAAUUGUGUCUUGGAAGUUCAAGCCUUGUGGAACUCCCUUCUUCUAUUGGGAAAAUGACUAAUCUGGAGAAGUUGGAUCUCAAUGGAUGCUUAAGCCUUGUGGAGCUCCCCUCUUCUAUUGGGAAUCUUCAUAAUUUGCAAAAGUUGUCUUUGCUUUGUUGUUCAAAGCUAAAGGCCCUUCCGAUCAACAUUAACAUGAAAUCUCUUGAUGAGUUAGAUCUCACUUACUGCUCGUCGUUGAAAAGCUCUCCCGAAAUUUCCACAAAUAUUAGAGUUGUAAAGAUUAUCGGAACUGCUAUACAAGAACUUCCUCCAUCAAUCAAGUCAUGGUCUCGUCUUGAGAGAUUAUGUAUGCCAUACUGUGAAAACCUCGGGAGAUCCCGACAUGUUUUUGACCGCAUCAGGGAGCUUCACUUGACCGACACUGGAAAACAAGAAAUUGAUCAAUGUGUCAAGGAAAUGUCUUGUCUAGAGAAACUUGAAAUCAAGGGUUUCUCAAAUCUUGUAGAGCUUCCCUCUUAUAUUGGGAAUUUGACUAAUCUUAAGAUAUUGUUUCUCGUCGAAUGUUCAAGCCUCGUGGAGAUCCCCUCUUCUAUUGGGAAUAUGACUAAUCUUGGGUGGUUGUCUCUCAAUUGUUCAAGCCUCGUGGAGAUCCCCUCUUCUAUUGAGAAUAUGACUAAUCUUAAGAGGUUGUGUCUUAGUAAGUGCUCAAGCCUCGUGGAGAUCCCCUCUUCUAUUGGGAAUAUGACUAAUCUUGAGUGGUUGUUUCUCCUCAAUUGUUCAAGCCUCGUGGAGAUCCCCUCUUCUAUUGAGAAUAUGACUAAUCUUAAGUCCUUGUCUCUCGGUAAGUGCUCAAGCCUCGUGGAGAUCCCCUCUUCUAUUGGGAAUAUGACUAAUCUUAAGUCCUUGUCUCUCGUCGAAUGUUCAAGCCUCGUGGAGCUUCCCGCUUUUAUUGGGAAAAUGACUAAUCUGGACGAGUUGGAUCUCAGUGGAUGCUUAAGCCUUGUGGAGCUCCCCUCUUCUAUUUGGAAUUUGACAAAUCUGGAAAAUUUGUAUCUCAGAGGUUGCUCAAAGCUAACGACCCUUCUUCCAAUGAACAUCAACAUGAAAUCUCUUUAUAGUCUUAAUCUCACUGAUUGCUCGUGGUUGAAGAGAUUUCCUGAGAUUUCCACAAACAUUCGAGUUCUAGACCUCCAAGGAACUGCUGUUGAAGAAAUUCCUCCAUCAAUCAGGUCAUGGUCUCGUCUUAAUCGUUUAUCUAUGUUAUACAGUGAAAACCUUAGGAAAUCCCAGCAUGCUUUUGACCUCAUCACGGAGCUUCACUUGAGCAACACAGGAAUACAAGAAAUUGCGCCAUGGGUCAAGGAAAUGUCUCGUCUACGUACACUUGUAAUCAACGGAUGCACAAAGCUGGUUUCGCUCCCACAGCUUCCAGAUUCGUUAGCAUGCAUAGAUGCAAAAAACUGUGAGUCACUCGAGAGACUAGAUUGCUCUUUUUACAAGACAGAGUUUUCUGUGCUCAGCUUUGUUAACUGCUUCAAACUGAAUGAAGAAGCAAGAGACCUUAUCCUCAUGACAUCGACAGAACUUUGGGCAGUCUUUCCCGGAGAAAAAGUGCCUACAUAUUUCAGUUACAGAGCCACCGGGAGUUCAGUGUCGAUGAAAUUGAAUGAAUUGGAUACACGUUUUCCUACAUUUUUGAGAUUUAAAGCUUGCCUCUUGCUGGUUACUAGGCCAUCCGCCGUUGAGUCUGAUAUUUGGUGGAGCUCGGAGAUAUCUUAUUGCAUCAAUGACAAAGUGAGGCAUGUCAGUGAUUACUCUGAAUCUGAUUAUAGAUGGUACCCACUCUGUCCACCACGUUCAGAGCAUCUGGUCGUAAUCGAAUUUGAAGAAGCUGUGAGUUCCCCCGAAUUAUUCUUUGAGUUCAGAUUCAAAAAUAAAAACCGGGAAAUUAAAGAAUGCGGGCUACGUCCUUUGGAAACCUCAGCUCGCUGGUGCUAAUGGAAGUUGAAGAAACAUUUCGCAUUUUGCAGUCCACGUGUAAGAUAGAUUAUCAUUGUGUUAUGUUGGGUUCGAGUCCAAGUGUAUCGCAACUUUAUUUUUGGAAUACGCAUUUGCAUAACAUAUAGUAAUGCAUUCCAUUCUUUUCUCUUAAAAUAUCAAGGAAACAUUUUUUUUUUCUAA